AUGGCAACAACUCAUUCAAGACAACCUUCGUUUGCAUCAUCGUUUGUGUCAACCAAUGCAAAUACUACUUAUAACACAAGCACAACUCAAAGUAAAAAAAGAACGCCUGUAAAGAUUGGACCUUGGAGGCUGGGCAAAACCCUAGGGAAAGGUGCAACUAGUAGGGUCUUUCUUGCUACAAAUGUGAAUACGAAGCAAAAGGCUGCAGUUAAAAUUGUAUCAAAGGCUGCAUUGGCUAAUGAUUCUACAAUUUCGGAGGAGUACGAUGAUCCCGAUUGUGAUUCUGCUGGUUUAAGCUAUGGCAUUGAAAGGGAAAUCAUCAUUAUGAAAUUACUCAAUCAUAAUAACGUCCUUAGGCUCUAUGACGUUUGGGAAACUGAGAAAGCCCUCUAUUUAGUGCUCGAAUAUGUGGAAGGGGGUGAAUUAUUCGAUCUUUUAGUUGAUAGUGGUCCAUUGCCAGAGAAAACAGCAGUAGAUUUCUUCAGACAAAUCAUACUUGGUGCCGCCUACUGUCAUAAUUUGGGCAUUUGUCAUCGAGAUUUAAAACCUGAAAACAUCCUAUUAGAUAAAGAUCUAAAUGUUAAGAUUGCUGAUUUUGGUAUGGCUGCUUUGGAGAGUGGUAGAUUGCUUGAAACUUCGUGUGGGUCACCACACUACGCAGCUCCCGAAAUCGUCUCGGGAUUACAGUAUCAUGGUGCAGAAUCUGAUGUGUGGUCAUGUGGUGUCAUUUUAUUUGCUUUACUAACUGGAAGAUUGCCAUUUGAUGAUGACAAUAUCAGAGACUUAUUAUUAAAAGUCCAACGUGGUGAAUUCGAAAUUUAUGAAGCAUUGUCAGAUGAAGCAGUAGAUCUAAUUCACCAGAUGUUAACGGUUGCUCCUGAACAGAGGAUUAAAACUAAUGAUAUACUGAAACACCCUUUGAUCCAGAAGUACUAUGAUUACACCGAAGACGAAGAGUUCAAAAAUUUGCCAUCUGUGGAUUCGGGUCUCUCUCCUGUCAAAUCUAGAAAAGACAUUGAUCAACGCAUUCUUGAAAAUUUAGUAAUUCUAUGGCAUGGACGUUCUUCGGAAUCAAUCGUUAAGUCAUUACUUUCGCAUGACCAAAACCCGGAAAAAACCUUUUACUGCUUGUUAAUGAGAUACAGACAUGAGCACUCCCAAUCGAACAAUAGCUUAAGCAGUUCAGGAAAACCUGAUGAACUUGUGCGUAGUACCUCCAUCAUCUCUAAGACUACAGAGGAGCCAUUAUCACACUCCUCUCCUUCUUCGUCAAACAAAUCAAGAAGAAUAUCUUACACAGCAGGAAAUGCAAUUAAUAAAUCAAUUUCCUUCAACAGUGUCCAGAGGUUGAGAGCAAAGUCUAGAGAUUCCUUAAAUAACAUCAAUAACUCGAGUCCGGAAAAGAGUAUCCUUAAACAAAGACGUGAAAGUACUCCAACUUCUUUAUUGUUGAAUAACACAUACAGCCCUUCUAAGCACCAAUCAAGAGUUUCAUUGCAAUCUACGUCAAAUAAGCAUUCAUCUAAGCGUCAAUCAAUGAUGACCACUGAUAACAUUUCAUCGAAUGAUAGUAACAACUCUUCUGAUGGUACGUCGAAGCGACUCUCGUUGAUUGCGGUAGAAAAUUCACCAACGAAAAAUAGAUCAUCUAUUGCUCCUCCUGAUGUCUCUAAUCUGAAUAGAAUGUUAUCAAAUGUAGUUAACUCCAAAUCUAAUUCAAAACUCAAGAGAAAUUCUGUGACUUCCAAGGUGCUAUCUUCAUAUGCGCAGAUGAAUGCCUGGGAAAAAAAUAAGAAGUCGGUUGACGACUACGGUAAGAGGGCUUCGUCAGAUUUUGCAGCUCUUUGUGAUGUUCUGUUUGGUGAUGAUUCAAAGAAAGACACUAGUAUAAUCAAUUCAGAUUCUAUGGCAACUAUAAAUGCCAUUGUGUUUGGUAGCAAGGGCAAUAAGCGAUCCUCAUUCAAAGCACCUAAACAUAAAAGAUAUUCCAAGAUUAAGCCUGCCACCAGUUCCAGAAUUAAAUCUGUUGUCAGAGAAAACAAUAUCAAUGUUUCCAAAACCAGGAAUUCAAGUAACCCAGUUGAGAAAAUUACUCAAUUGUUAGACCAGGUGGAAAUAAAUGACAAAGAACGUCGUACUGCUUCUGAGAUUCACACAGUAAAGCCUAAUAGUGAUGAACCGCCUAAGCCGGUUUCCAGAUUAGAUCCUAGAUAUAGAGCCUAUGAAACCUAUAAGAAGAGAUCAUCACAACAUGCAGAGUACCUUUUGCGUCUGUCGCAACAGAUCGAGGCUGAGGAGAAGGCUGCUGCCGAGAUAAAGGCAAGAGAAGAAAAGUUGAAAAAAGAGCAAGAAGAACUAGAGCGUCUGAAAAAAUAUGUUCACAAUCACUCUAACCCAGAGCUGAUGGAGGAUUUUGAAGAAGAUCUCAAUGGUUUGUCUAGCGGUACGGUUCUCAAAAAGCCCACAAUAUCAAAUGAUACCAAGGUUAUACCUCCAAGGAAAUCCAAACUGAAUUCUAAUAGAUAUAGCAAUUUGUCUUUAUAUUCCACAAAAAAUUCUUCUAAAAGAUUAAGUUUCUACUUGAAAGAAUUAGAUGAAGAAAUUGCAAAGAAUUUUGAAAAUAAUAAAAAGGAUCGAAUUUCUAGAUUGAGUAUGCUAAUAACCGAACCGUUGAUUGCUGAAGAUGAGGACAAAACAGAUGAACUGAACAUUUCCCAUAGUAUGGACACUUUGCGUGAGGAAGAGACAACUAAUGGCACUGACUACGAGGAUCUGAACAAUGAUGGUAUCGGAAAGCCAAGAUCUGCAAGUGUCUCCGAUAUGAUUGAUAACGAGCUGUACUUUACACCACAGGAUAACGAAAUCGCUAUUUCUCAAUCUGGAAAGGCACCACCGCUUGUCCAGCAUGAUGAGCAUAACUCGACUGUUUACGACCAACUUCCACCUCCUCUUGUAACAAAGUCACAUCAGGCUAAUGAAGAUUCAUUCCUCGAAGAUUCAGAAGCAGAAGCCUUGAAUAUACCGUCUGUUCCUGUUAUCCCAUCUGCAGAAAACCGGGUUGGAGCGGUCAAGAAGACAAAAAGUCAUGAGACUUUCGAAACCAUUCAAAAUGCUUUAAGAGAAUCCAAACAAGAAUUCGAUGACGACCUCGUGAAUGAGAAUGUUCAUCAAGAGCAACCUCAAAAGGUUGAAAGUAUUCAAGUUCCAAAGCAGAGGCAACCAUUGAGUACUAAGCCACAAAAUAAUAUCAAUGAGCAGCCAAUGAAGCCACAACGAAAAGGUUCAGUGUUCAACAAGUUGGUACCUGUGGAAAACAAUAAGGAGCGUAAAUCAUCAUUUAGUAAAGCCAUCAAGUCUUUAUUUAGUGGAUCACUUUCCCCGCCAGAAAGUAUUGAAACUACUUUGUCGGUUGAAGAUUCAUUUGAAGCCAUCAAAACACUGCUGGUUGGUUGGAAGCAUUACGGAAUUGGAAGAUUAGAUAUUGACUCUCAACGCCGAACUCUAAAGGGUGAGAUCUCAAAAAACAAUACCAUGAAUGUAAAGUCAUGCAAAUUUGUCUGUACAUCAUCUCGUUCACAGAGUGGAACAUCUAGAAUCAACUUUAUCCAUGAAAAAGGUUCAUCUAAAAGUUUUGCCAGGUUAGUCAGUGAAGUGAAACGUAUUUUAGCCCAAGAGAGCGUUCUUGCGUGA